CCAUCAAAGUGAGUCAGAGGAUGAUGACGUAAAUAACAACAGUGGCACAUUCUUAAAGCAUAUCUCUCUACUAACGAAUGAUUCUAAGGAAAAACGAUUAGAAAAAGUCACUGGCCUUAAGCUCGAAGCAAUAGGAGUAGAUAUUGGUCAUGAGGUUAGGUGUGAUGUAUUUGGGUGGGACGAUAGACCUGAAAGAGAACAAUGCGAUAGAUAUUUGCCACAUCUUAGAAAAAUACUUCAAAUUUCUAAAUAUAGAAAUCUUGAAGUAUUUGAUGCAUCAAAAAAAAAAAAAUUUUUAAGUAUGAAUAAUGAAAUUUUGCCAAUCAGACUAAUUGGCACUACAGAUGCAGCUGUCGUUGACAGAUUUUCUGUUUCGUCAAGGAUUCCACAGAAUCAUACUUGGAUCCUUUUCGAAUUAAAGAAAUCUGUUAAUGAUAGCUGUAUGUACCAAGCAUUGGCAGAAUUAACUGCCAGCGAUCUUAAAUCUGUACAUGCAGUAUUAACUGUAUUAACAGAUUUAAGAGACGACUGGCAGUUUUUCUGCUUUGAAGACAAAAAAAUCGUAACAUUUACCCUUCCUAAGGGCAAAGCCGUGGCAUUAAUACGUGACAACUUAAAGUUUGCAAAUCAAGAUCAAAAUAAU